GAUGUCCCGGACGUCUCCACUUCGAUCAGCCUGGCCGGGCUCUACGAGCCGAUCAUGCUCGGCAUCGUGUUCGGCACCACCUUCACGACGCUCCUGGGGCUCCUCGUCGCGGCCUGGCUCCAGUUCAAGAAGGGCCCCACGCUCGGGCUGUAG